AUGGUUCCCCACGCUGAGGACAAGGUUCCUCAAGCUGAGGACAAGGUUCCUCACGCUGUGGACAAGGUUGCUCACGCUGAGGAAAUGUUCCUCACGCUGAGGACAAGGUUCCUCACGCUGAGGUCAAGAUUCCUCACGCUGAGGACAAGGUUCCUCACGCUGAAGACAAGGUUCGUCACGCUGAGGAAAGGUUCCUCACGCUGAGGACAAGGUUCCUCACGCAGAGGACAAGGUUCCUCAUGCUGAGGACAAGGUUCCUCACGCUGAGGACAAGGUUCCUCACGCUGAGGACAAGGUUCCUCACGCUGAGGACAAGGUUCCUCACGCUGAGGACAAGUUCCUCACGCUAAGGACAAGGUUCCUCAAGCUGAGGACAAGGUUCCUCACGCUGAGGACAAGGUUCCUCGCGCUGAGGACAAGGUUCUCUCACGCUGAGGACAAGGUUCCUCACGCUGAGGACAAGGUUCCUCACGCUGAGGACAAGGUUCCUCAAGCUGAGGAAAAUUUCCUCAAGCUGAGGACAAGGUUCUUCACGCUGAGGACAAGGUUCCUCACGCUGAGGAAAGGUUCCUCACCUUGA